UAACAGAAAAUCUAUACAGUAAUAGUUAAAAAAACGUGGUUGCUAUAUACACAUAGCUCCUAUAAAAUCGCAGACUAGUCCAGUUACAUAUGAACACAAAAUUCAAAUUUGCAAUGAACUUACUAGUAUUACUACUUCAAAGAAUUUCUUUUGAAUCGAAGCAAAGUCUAGAUAUUUCAGUAUCACGUGUUACCGUAUCAGUUGGAAUAAUAGCGUAAACUGGUGGCUUGGCCAUGGGACCUCACCGAUAUAUAGUAAGGUGAGGUAAAAUGGGAUAUGUUCUAAUUCCAAGAGUGUUGCUAAUUGCUUAAAACACGAUCAGGAAACAUAUACGUUUAAGGUGCUUAUGGUAUCAGUUAUAGGAAAAUGUCAACUGCGUGCACGUUGCAAUGUUUACUAAAGCCCUACUAUACCGACGUAACUAUCAACGUAGGCCUCACAUUGCAUGUCAUUGGGCUACAUGCAGUUGCCUUGUUUCCGGUUAUGUCUGUAAUACGUACGUUCUGUCAUAUAAACGUGUGCACCAUAUCAAGACACGAUAUAAUGCUUCUUUAAACAGACAUAGUGGGACGAAAAUAUUGCAUUUUAAGCUAGGUAAUUUUAUUAUCCUUAAACAAAUGAACAUAAACAAAUGUAAAAUGUUCAAGUAUCUUUUGCAAUACGAGUUAUAACUUUUGAACUCUGUAUGACCAGAACAACAAGUGACAUGACGUACACGAUCAACGCAAGAAAAUUAACGGACGCAAUUCACUAGAAAGAAAUCAUUAUAAGUAGAAAGUAUUAAAAAGCAGAUACGUACAGCACAUUUCGUCGUAAGUAGCAAUUUGAAAGAAACUGAGCUAUAGUGGUAUGUCCAAUCAUGAUACUUACAAAUGUCAAAUCGCGAACAUUUGAUUCACGUAUUUAUAAUAAGCUAAGAGCUACAAUAUAAAGAGCAUAAAGUGGGUAUAAUGAAUCGAACAACAGCAGCGGGUUGCAGUCUAACUCUUUAAGCGGUCAGUCAGUUAUAUUUACAGUUGUAUUAUUCUGCUAAUGUAUAUAUGGUUGAUAUAUUUCUGCAUUUUCAUUUUUGCACCUUAGAUUUAGCUGCGAAUCUGAUAUGACUCAGGGCAUGCCAAGACAAGUUUCCAUUACGUAUAGAUUACUUCAUAAAGAUGACAUUGAUGACGUCAUUGAGCUUCUGUCAGAACAUUACGUCACUCGUGAGUCGACGUCAAAGUGUCUUUUUUUGACCAAAGAAGAAAUUCUAGAUUAUUCCAGUGAAAUAGCCAGGGAAGCGAUCCCGCAAGGCUUGAGUCUCGGUGCAUUCGAUGACGUGACAAAUAAACUAUGCGGCGUGACUUUCGGGGAGUAUGACUUGUAUAAAAAGCCCAAAGUGGAAGAUGAUACACAAACGCCAAUUAAAAUUCAAUAUUUGCAAAGACUCUACGAAAUGUUUGAGUCAAUUUCAAGGGUCGAGCUCGGCAUCACCAAUCUAUUACUUGCUGAUUUACUAGUAGUUUCUCCUCAAUAUUCCAACCGUGGAAUAGGCACCCAACUCGCCACACGGCAAGCGGAUUUGUUGGCAGACCUUGGUUUUAAUUAUUUGUUAAGCUUUAUAACAUCGGAGAAAGCAUUGGCCAUUCACACAAGACUGGGCUCAAAAUGCAUAAAGAAGGUUGACAUUGGAACGUAUAGAGAUUCAUGCACUGGUGUAGCUGCAUUUAAACAAGCCGAACUAAAAGACAAUUGUAUACAAGUUAUGUGUAUAGACCUACAGGGCCGGCAGUCAACCAAAAGCAGCGCAUAACAAAUCCGUUACUUACUACUACGACUAAAUAACAACAGUAGCACUUAUUAUAAUACUUUAUAGCACUUAUUAUUAUAUAGUACCGUGGGGGAAGAUGGGACACCUUUAGCACAUUAUAUACAUUAUCAAAAUAUCCUGCUGGUCGUGUUUUAAACAAUUAACAAAGGUCGAUG